ACUUACUUAUUUGACAGGCAGAGAUCACAAGUAGGCGGAGAGGCAGGCAGAGAGAGAGGAGGAAGCAGGCUCCCUGCUGAGCAGAGACCCUGAUGUGGGUCUUGAUCCCAGGAUCCUGGGAUUAUGACCUGAGCCGAAGGUAGAGGCUUUAACCCACUGAGCCACCCACGCGUCCCCAGUGGUGGGUAUUAAAGAGGGUAUGGAUUGCAUGGAGCACUGGGUGUUAUACCCAGACAAUGAAUCAUGGAACACUACAUCAAAAACUAAUGAUGUACUGUUAUGGUGACUAAUAUAACACAAUAAAAAUAAUUAAAAGAAAGUUGCUUUUUCAUAUAUGUAAGUUCAGAAGUUUAAAUAUGAAAUAAUAUAAUAGUGUUUGGAGUUUAUUUUUAUUUUUUUUAAGAUUUUAUUUAUUUAUUUGACAGAGAUCACAAGUAGGCAGAGAAUCAAGCAGGGGGCGGGGGAGAAACAGGCUCCUCGCUGAGCAGAGAGCCCAAUGCAAGACUCAUCCCAGGGCCCUGACAUCUCAACUUGAGCUGAAGGCAGAGGCUUAACCCACUGAGCCACCUAGGCACCCCGAAGUUUAUUAUAUUUUUAAAAUUUAGUUUUACUCAUACAGGUAAUUCACAGAUAGCCAGUGUGAUAAUUCAAAAGUGCAGAUAAUGUAAAAGGUUUAUAUGACCCCCUCACAAUCCCAUUUCUCUAGAGCCACUGCUAUUUGUGUGUCUUUGUGACAUCCUGACCCUUUUUCUUUGUGUUACCAACAUAUGCAUUCGUGGAAUUGCAUGGGCUAUUUUGAAAAACAUGUGUACAGAAGUGGAGAUCUAUAGAUUGCAAAAUUGGCUGUAUACUUUUCAGCUACGUCCAUUGAGAGAUGGAGUUUUUUUUCCCCCACCCCUUGAAUCCAGCUAGCCUUGUGACUUGCUUUCACCAAUAUAAUGCAGUUUUUUUGACCAAUAUAAUAUGAUGUUUUGUUAGUUCCAAACCCAGAGGCUUCAUAGCUUCUACUGUCACUGUCUUGGAACUCAGAAACCAGCAUGGGAACAAACCCGGACUAGCCAUCUGGAGACCAGAAGACCACAUGGAAAGAGGUCCCAGAUGCUCUAGUCUAUCUACCAGAUGAAUAUAAGGGUCUAAGUGAGCCCACCUGAGAUUAGCAGAGCCCUGGCCAAACCGUAAGAAUUACCUAGCUGGGUCCAAUCCAAAUUACUGACCUGCGUAAUUUUGAGCUAAAUAAAUGGUUGUUCUAAACAACUAAGUGUGGAGACUGGUUGUAUUAUGAGCAGAAGCAAACUGAUACUAGACCAUAUAGUAUGUAGUUCUAAUAACUUUUUUUCUUUACUCACUAUGUUACAAAGAGUUUGACUUGUCAAUGCAUAAAGAUCCAUCUUCUUCUUUUUAAGAGUUACAUGAAUUUCUAGAUUUCAUGAAUUUCUGGAUAUUCUACAGUUCAUCAUUUGCUCUAUGCCAGACAUUUAGGUUGUGCCUGCCUCCUUCUCUCCAUCUCCCCUCUAUUACUGUAUUGUAAGUAUCUCUAUAGUUGUUGUAUACUUCCCCUACUCUGUCUUUUCUUGGCUUAUAAGGGUUAUCUUUUUCAUAGACAUUUUAAAAAUAUAAUAAAAUGUAUCACUCUUUUUCUUAAUGGCUUCCCUAUUUUAAAUUUUGCUCAAGAGCAGUUUCCUAACCAUAAAUAUACUCUCUUUCUAAGACAGAAUUUUAUGUAAGUAUCUAUAUGUAUGUGUGGUUGUGUUGGGUUUAAUUCAUUAAUCCUCUGAAAUUUAUUUGACUUUAUAGUGUGAAAUUGUGAAUAUUUUUGUCGACUGGAUGGCCAAAUGUUCUAAACACCAUUUAAGUUUGGAGCCUGGAAGUCCCAGAUGAAGGUGCCAACAAGAUUGUUUUUGAUGAGCCCUCACUCCUCAGCAUACAGACAAUGCCUUCUCACCAUCCUCUCCUCGCCCCUUCUCUGUGUGCGCUUAGAGAGCGAGCUCUGGUAUUUCUCUUCCUCUUCUUACAAAGUCACGAGUUCUCACAGAGUAGUCCCAUCCUUAUGCUUCAUUUUACCUUAAUUAUCUCCUUAAAGGAGAUAUUAAUUAUCUCCUUAAAGGCCAAAUCUCCAAAUACAAUCACACGAGGGAUCAGAGCUUCAACAUACUCCAUUUCUGGGAUAUCAUUAUAAUCCCAUUUCUGAAUUAACAUUAAAAAUAAUAUUUUUAGGGGUGACUGGCCAACUCAGUGGCGACAUAUGUGACUCUUGAUCUUGGGGUUGUGAGUUUGAGCCCCACAUUGAAUGUAAGGAUUACUUAGAAAAAAAAUCUUCUAAAAAAUGGUUUAAAAAAUAAUAUUUUUAUUUUCUAUUGAAUAUCUGAGAAAUAAUGUGGGCAAAAUGUGCAAAAGAAACAAAAUCAAUUUGAUAUAAAUAAGAGCUAUCACAUAGGUUUAUUUGAAAAAGAUAUGUUUGUGCAUAGAGUACCUAGUUCAUGGAAGAGACAGACCAAAAUUAAAAAAUACUUAUUGAUUGACAGUAAAACUGCCACAAACCUUUGUUAUUAUGUGUGUGUUGUGUUUAAAAUGUCCAUAAGUAAUUGUGUUUAAUACCGUACAGAUAAGUGGUUUAUGUUAAAAAAAAAAAACAGUCAUUCAUGUUUUUCUAUUCAUUUAGUAAAGAUUUGCAGUUGCACAGUGGGUGCACCCUCUUCAAUACAAAGACAUCAUCCCUUCCUGGUAUUUGAAGACUUUACGUUAUUCUCCUUGAACUAAAGUGGUAAAUGCUGGAAUAAGGAAAUCUCAGUUUCUUGCUAUCUCAAGGAAAUAGGUGAAAUAUUAUGGUGACACAGUAGUUUAUAAUUCCUACUCCCUUAUGAAUUAGAAAUUUUUGGCAAAAUACCACAUUUUAAGUCACAAACAGUCUACUCUGAGCAACUCCCACUGAAAAUUAUUCUUAAAACUUUCAUUCAUUGAAAAAAAUGAUAUAAGAUGACUUAGGUAAAGGAUUAAUGUGUUUUAAGCACAUUGUAAACUUUCAACAAUUGUUAGUUACCUCCUAAUCCUUAAAAGAGCAAAAAUUAAAGAUACACAUGAUGAUAAAAGGAUACUUGAUAUAUGCCUUAUAUAGGUUACCUUUUCUGCAAGAAAGAAGACUUCAUUAUUUCUCCUUUCUAAUCCAUAUCCAAUCACAAGGAGACUCUUUAAAACUUUUUUAUUAUUGAAGUAGAGUUGACACACAAUAUUAUUUUAGUUUCAGGUAUACAACGUAGUGAAUUGACAGCUUUUUAUCUUACACAAUGUUCACUAUGGUACUAUGGUACCAUCUGUCACCAUAUGACAUUAUUAUAAUAUUAUGUAAUAAAAUUAUAAUAUAUUAUAAUAUUAUUCCCUGUAUUCCUUAUGCUAUACUUUUUAUCCUAUGACUUACUUAUUUUGUAACUGGAAGUUUGUGCCUCUUAAUUCCCUUUUAUUGCUUCACCCUCCUUCCUUCUGGCAACCCCAGGUUGUUCUCUGUAUUUAUGUCUAUCUGUUUCUGGGUUUUGUUGUUGUAACAUAUUUGUUUGUUUUGUUUUAUAGAUUUCACAUAUAAGUGAAAUUAUAUAGUCUUUAUCUGUGUCUAACUUAUUUCACUUAGCAUAAUACCCUAUUGUUAAAAUGUCCAAACCAUGCAAAGUGAUCUAUAGAUUGAGUGAAUUCUCUGUCAAGGGAGGUCUUACUACAAAAAAAUGAGCACAUUGACUAAAAUCCCAGACUUUUACAGACAUGACUGGGCUCAGAUACCCUUAUGUCUAAAUCCCUGCUCUGCAUCCUUUAUGGCUUGGUGACCUUGGCAAGUUCCUUGUUGUCUCUCAUCCUCAAUUUUCCCAUUCAUAAAUUUAGGAUAAUAAUAUAUUCCUUAUGGAUUUUCUAUGAGAAGUACAUGAAAUAACUUAUAUGAAAUCCUAAAUAGGAGCUCAGUAGAUGAAAUAUUAUUAUUACUAAUAAACACUGUCAUAUUUUCUUGCAUACUGAUAUAAUUUGAAAUAUUUAACUUGUUCAUGGAAAUUAGUCUGCCUCAAGGAGUCUAAUUUCCAACCAUGAUUUUUAAAAAAUCUAUGUGAAUGUUUGAAUUUCUUGUAAUAUUAUAUCUAGGACUCCAAAUUUUGUUCUCAGAUGAACCAAAGACUAAAAGAUCCUUUGUUAAUGGUGGAAAAUAAAUAGCUUCUUAGGAAAUAAGACUUCAUCAUGCAAGAGUAUAUAGAUUUAUGUCCAGUUCUUUGAUUAAAAAAAGAGAAAAAGCCUUUCCGGCUUUUUCUCAAACCACUAUAGAAUAACAAUUAUGACUCUCCACUUUUUAUUUUUAUUGCUGGAUUGAAAAAGAUGACUCUGUACAAUGCCUACACCAGGAGGAUAUUAUUCUACAAAUAAGGGCCCAGCGUGACAUUUAUGAGAAAGCCAGGGUCCUUCUGUGCAAAACUGAUUGGUGCUCAGCCAAUGGGCUCCAAGGCAUUGCAAAUAAAGGUACCUUUUCCACUGGGCCUGAUCAGAAGCAGGGCAGAGUGUUGCCUCUGCCUAUGAAACUUCAGGAAAUGCUCCAACUCCUGGCCUAGCAGACUACAUCUGUGGUCAACAAAGAGAAACUGGGCUUUGAAGAUGAAGCACUUUAUUCCUCAAUUCCCUUCCAUCUUGGCCAUCUAUUGCUUCUGCAUGGUACAGAUUCCCUCUUCAGGAUUUCCUCGACCUCUAGCUGAUCCCCCAGAUGGCUUGGAUAUCAUGCAGCUUGAGCGGCUGGCAUAUUGGGCAGCUCUUUCUAGGCAACCUAAGGAUGAUCAAGACAUACACAAAAGGUUUUUAUUUCACUACUCCAGAACUCAGAAGCCAAUACAUCCAGUUAAAAGUGGGUUUCCUCCCGUGCACCCGUUAAUGCGCAUGGCUGCGCAACUCGCCAACCGGAAGGUGAAAAGAUUUCUGCAACAGCGCGAUUCAGGGACUGCUGCAGUGGAUUUCACCAAGAAGGAUCACACUGCCACCUGGGGACGACCAUUUUUCCUUUUCAGGCCAAGGAACGGAAGAAACACUGAAGAUAACACCCAGUAGGACAGUCCGAGAAUUCAGUGGCAAAGAGAAACUGGAUUAGAUAAAGAAAUUGGGCGAUUAUUUUGAACACAUGUCAACUUUCUGUGAGAGAUAAAAGAUAAUUCUCUUGCUCUUUAUUCACUAGAAUAUUCAGUUGUAUAAAAAAUAAAGUAGCAUGGACACAA